UUUAUUGUUAGCCAAAUUCACAUUGAUUUAGCCCUUCAUCCCGAAUUUCCCGAAGCAAAUCGAUUCAUUAAAAAUCAGUCGAAUAUCGCUGCAGAUUAUUUUUUGUUUUAUAAUGGCCGAGACUUUUACUCGUGACGAGAUCGUAUUUAAUUAAAUGUAAGAUCACAACGAAAGCAACAGAGAGUUGCAGAGGCGGGCCGUUCGAGUACAAAUGUCGGUAUCUUAGAGACAGAUUAAGUUGGUGUCGUUGCAAUGGCUUUCGGGCUGAUCCAAUGGUUGAUGUCGUUUGUGAUAUUUUUCGUCGUUCUUUCUAUUAUCACCUGGUCCGCUGUGCACCUGGGCCAGAAGGAUCACCAGCUCCUCGACAGAGACAAUUAUUCGAAUCACACAGAGAAGUACGUACGUUUUCUUUCGGAAAUCACCUUCUCUCGUACGUGCGAGUCUUCCAGUUCGGUUGUUCAUGGUCGUUUCAGCAAAUCGCUCAAUUCCACGAUUGUUAUUAACGUAACAUCACCGGUGAUGGAAAGCAUCAACGACAUGACGCAAUUGAAUGAUCCGGGCAUGGAAGUGGCAGACAGGGCACAAUUUUACAAGGUGCUGCAAGUCUUGUCGAUUAAAGAAUAUGCAGUUAAUAGUACGCGAGAUGAUGCUGCUGAUAGCACUGCAACAGCGAUACUCACAUCUUCAGUCAUCGAUCAUGAUUCGAAUGAAGAUGUUACGGCUGCUGCGUACAAUAUGUCCGCUGAAUCUGUUAUUGUGAAUCAUAGCUCGAGCAUUGGCGAGGAAGUGAUGAAAUCAUCAACACGCACUCCACAAACAGCGCAUUCGACUAUAUCGUAUGAAUAUCGCGUGUCUCCCGACACAGAGAGAUCGCGGAAAUCCGAUUUGUAUCCACCCGAUGAAAUGGAGUUUUUCGAUUCGUCUCGCAACAAAGAAAAUGGAAUAUCAAAUGCGUCUGCAGCUUUCUCGUUUGUGCGAUUAUCGCCUGGCGCAAAGCAGACGAAUAUAAUGAAACACAUGGAAAGGACCGAUACGACGCAUAUCUCGCAAAACGAGCAGCUUGAGAUUGAGACAUCGAUAAUUCCUCCUUAUUUCUAUGUGACAAUUUAUACCACGGAAGAUCCCUGAACAAUAUGUCACUUGUUACUGUCACUUGUUACUGUUCAUUGUACGAUCAACGCUUCUUUAUUAUCUCUUUGUAAAAGUUCGUUGGAAAUCGGUCUAAAGGGUUGAAAACAAAUUCAGCAUUGUUAAUAAGUUUUAGCAAAAAGUUGUCCCUACGUUUCUUACAACUUUUAGCCGUAGUCGGAGGUAUAACACGAGGGAUCCUCUUAUAAGAUUGGUCUCAAUGACAUAAAAUCCACAUGAUUUUAUGGCAACAGCUUAUCAGGUUACUGUUCAUCAGGCUUUGUUUUUUUUUUUUAGUACUUUUUUGCCAAAUAUUAGUUUUCCUUUUCGUUUACCUGCAGAUGAUAUUCGUAAGCUUAACAUGUAAUCUAAAUUUUGACUCUGACAAGCGCUACGUUGUAUAUG